AUGGACGACUUUGGCCUUCUGCAGUACUUGUAUCUCAAGAUUGUUAUUACUCUUUCACGAUGGUCAGCAUAUCCAUUCAUGCGGUCCCUAUUCAAAGCACCAAAUAGCAACAGAACUCUCAUUCAGAUUCCCUCCCGUGACCCGACCCGUUUCAUCAAGGCAUGGAUUCACCAUCCGCCCAACCAUAGCGAAAACACACCUGGCCUGCUUAUCAACUGGCAUGGUAGUGGAUUCAUCCUGCCGAGCUUGGGAAUGGAUCACGAGUUUUGUGACAGAAUGGCGCACGAAGCUGGGGUGGUGGUGCUAGAUGCUGAUUAUCGUAAAGCACCAGAACACCCAUUCCCAGCUCCUGUGGAAGAUGUGGAGGAUGUCCUUAAAUGGGCCGAGGACCAGCCCGAUCGUUUUGAUCUGAGUCGCAUAGCGGUGUCUGGCUUCAGUGCUGGCGGUAACUUGGCCUUGGUUGCUGCAUCAGAGCUCAGUGGGCACUUCAAGCGUAUCAACAUAAGGGCGGUCUACGCAUUCUACCCUCUCGUAGACCUUGACCGCGAUCCAGAGCUAAAGAAAGUCCCGAACCCGAUCAACCCAUUCCCGGUUUUCUCCCUACGCUUGUUUGCCACCUGCUAUAUGCCCAGGGCAGAGGAACGUACAAACCCCAGGGUAUCGCCUAUGUUUGCCGACCCUGCCCUCUUCCCUGAUACAACCAUCAUCAUUACCUGUAGUGCUGAUAACCUAUCGCCUGAGGCUGAGGAGAUGGGUCAAAAGUUGAAGGCGGGUGGUGCCAAUGUUGAGGUUGUCCAGCUCGAGAAUGCGGCGCAUGGGUUCGACAAGGAUGCUAAACCAGGAUCAGAUGCAUUCAAGCAGAGAGAAAUGACAUAUUUGAAAGUAGCUGGGGAUCUUAGAAAGCCCUGA